GGGGGGUGGCGUGUGAGAGCUCGUGGCCCAGGCGCCCUGCGACCCAGACUCCGCCUCGGCCCCGCAGCGCUGCGGGAGGCGCCACCGUCCGCUCCCCGCCGCCGGCCCUGCCUGACUGGAGCGGACAGGGAAGCGGCGAGACAGGUGUGGAAAAAUGGCGAAGAGAAUUGCAGAGAAGGAGUUGACUGACAGAAAUUGGGAUCAGGAGGAUGAAACUGAGGAGGUGGGAACUUUCUCAGUGGCUAGUGAAGAAGUCCUGAAGAACAGAGCUAUUAAGAAAGCAAAGCGCCGAAAUGUUGGGUUUGAGUCUGACAAUGGAGGAGCUUUUAAAGGGUUUAAAGGUUUUGUUUUACCUUCUGGAAAAGGAGGUGGUGGCUUCACUGGAUUUGGUAAUGGUACAGAAAUGAAGCCUUUAGGAGGGCUGUCGAAUGGAAGCAGUGGUAUUUCUAAUACUCCCUCUUUCACUAGUGUAAAGACUGCUUCUGAAGCACAGCCUGCAUUUGGAUCCGUGACAUCAAAUGGUCCCACUACCACAUUGAUUGAGAAAAAGGCUUCAGGCACAAAAGCUAAUGGUGGCAGUCAACAAUCCUCAUCCUCUGGUUACAGUCAAAGUAAAAUGUGCAGCUCUAGCGUUUAUCACAAACAGUUAGCAGCUCUAAACUGUUCUGUGCGUGACUGGAUAGUAAAGCAUGUAAACACAAAUCCCCUCUGUGAUCUGACACCCAUAUUUAGAGACUAUGAGAAAUAUUUGGCAAGCAUUGAACAACAUCAUGGAAGCAGUAGUGACAGUGGCUCUGAAAAUGAAAGUAACAAAACAACUGGAACUCAGUCUGUUCCUACGUUUGGGACUUCAAAACUUCAGCAAGGAUCAACGUUUUUGUUUAACAGCAACAAAACUGAGGAUGAAUCAGACAAGAAAACCGAAUCUACAUCGGAAAAGAACAGGGAAUCACCAUUAGGAGCUGCAUCAAAUAUCUCAUUUAAUUUUGGCAAGAAUGUUGAUAGUUCUGUUUUGGGUUCCCUUGGUUCUGGCACAUUAACUAGUUUUUCAUUGUCCCCUGGGAAUUCGGGUGUAUUUGGAAAAGAUGCAAACCAGGGAAAGUCUGUCUCCACACUUUCCACCAGGGUAUUGGAAGCUCAGACAGAAAGUGGAAGUAGUGAGGAUAAAGGAGGAGGAGAAGAGGAGGAGGAGCCGCCAAAAGCAAUUGUUAAUGAGGUAAAGGAAGAUGAUGCCUUCUACUCAAAGAAAUGCAAACUGUUCUACAAAAAAGAUAAUGAAUUUAAAGAAAAGGGUGUAGGAACACUGCAUUUAAAACCUGCAGGAAAUGAAAAAACUCAACUGUUGGUGCGAGCAGACACCAAUUUAGGUAACAUACUAUUGAAUGUGUUGGUUCCGCCCAAAAUGCCAUGCACAAGAACCGGAAAAAACAACGUUCUUAUUGUCUGUGUUCCCAAUCCACCAAUUGAUGAGAAGAAUUCCGCUAUCCCUGUCACUAUGUUAAUAAGAGUGAAAACAAGUGAGGAUGCAGAUGAGUUGCACAAAAUUUUACUGGAGAAAAAGGAGGCCUAAACAUACAGCAGUCAAAUGCUCUGAGAAAUUACUGCUAAACUGCUGCUGCACUUUUUUUUUCCUUUAACUUCUUAGAACACUUCUUAACACUCUACUCUGACAUUCUAAGAACUGUGACAGGAAUUCUGAAAAGUUUGUGAGGAAAGCUAAAAUGGCUAAUAAAAGCUUUAACUGAACACAAGUGUCCAUCUGUCCUCCCUCCUUUUUUGGAAUAUCUAAUGUAUGAACCAUAUUUGGAUAAAAUGUGUACAUUUAAAUUAAAGUGAUUGCUGAAUGGACUAAAAUCAAAGUACAAAAUAUUGUACCACAUGUUCUUCACAGGUUUAAGGUGAAGUGCAGCAACCUCCUUUUUUGAGAAGGGAGGAGGCUAAAUUGUUUAACUCUUGAAAUUGUUUCUAGGAUGAAUAGCUUUUUUUUUUUUUUAAACAUACAAAAUCAGUGUCUGCUAGCUUCUAGUAAGGGAUCUAAUCUUUCGGACUGUCACCUGGAUAAUUAUGUACCUGAAUAACAAUGCCUCUGUAGAUUGUUUUUAAAUUUGUAAGAAAUUUGAUGUACUGUUGGGAUUCAGAGACUGCAUCUGUGGUUCCUCAAAGAAAAUGAUUUGCUUGCAUUAUUCCUGUUGACUUUAAUGUUGCUCUGCUGCAAACAAUUGUUUUGUUGUGCUUACUGUUGCAGCAAGUUCAUGGUGUGCAAUAGUAUCCAUAGACAACUGGAAAACUAUUAGCUCUCAAUCCACAACCAGACUGGCCCUAUAAUCGGUAUUCUUGUUGACAGAGCUAGAGGCCAAGGGAGGAGAUUGCAAUACUAUCUCUCUCGUAGAAGUAUUCUUCCCUACUCCCUCCAGGUUAUGGUUGAGACACAACAGCAGAAGUAGUUUGGUGGGAGAAAUUAGGCAAGGCAAAUACAUGCCCUGUCUGUUAAAAUUUACUAAGCGUGUGUCAUGAGCAUCAAAGUUUUUAAAAAUAAAUAAAAAAUUGUGCUGUAAAUGUCUGCUGACAUAGCCGUGUGUGUGUGUGUGUGUGUGUGUGUGUGUAAACUUGGGUACUAUACUAUUAAAUAUUUGUCUUUGUGAUGUGAUAAAGCAACAGAAUACUACUUGCUGGCAUCAAAUAUGGCACUAGUGUUGGCUGCAUUGUUCUAUCUUUUGGACUACUGAAACAUCUUGAAGUGGGCUGUAGCUCACGAAAGCUUAUGCUCAAAUAAAUGUUAGUCUAAGGUGCCACAAGUCCUCCUUUUCAUCUUAAAGUGUGAGUAAGUAUUUAGUGUUAACCUGGAAGGAAGCUCGGAUGCUGUGUAGACAUAGCUAUUUUAAAUGUAAAUUGGUGCCUUUUUUGCAUUUGGUUUUGUAGUUAGUCACUAAAGUUUGUGUGCGCGUGGGGUUAGUUUCCUCAAUUUUUUCUAACUUCAUGCUGGUACAUAGCUCAGAGGUCAGAACUUAAAUGUUUGCAUGUUAAUUCUGUGAAUGAAAAUGAUGUGUACAAGUUUUACAGGCUCAGGUUAAAGGGCUAAGGGCUGAAAUUUUGCAUUUGUUUUUAGAAGACAGUGUCUUAAAUUUUCAGUGAAGAAAUUGUUUUGUAGUGUACCAGUCACUGCACAUGGAGGGGAAUAAUCUUUUGUGAUGAGCAGAUCACUCAUUAAGCACUUCACACUUUAAGAGCAAUUGUGUAUUAGACUGUUAGAGAUACUGUGCUUGGUACUGGUUUACUUCCUCAUGUGCAAAGAUGUAUAGUAAUGUACUUUCCAUCAAUUGCAAUAUGGACCAAUAAAUGAGAUAGAAAUUCAUUAGGAGAGGCAAAUGUAACUAACUUUCCACAUGCCCCUUGCACAGCCAUCCUGAAUGAUACUUGCCUCUGAAAUGAGUGAAAUCUGGGACUUGUGUACACGCAUGUUUUGGCUUGCUCUUGAAGCUCGGUAGGCUAGUAGAAGAGGCCAGUGAAUGAUCCUGCUGUAUCUGUGAUUGCAAGAGUUGUUUAAAACAUUAUUUAAAUUGUGAUUGUAUGUUUGAGGAUGGUGUUGAGGACAGGAAAGAGGAUGGGACAGAUGCUAAUUAAUGAAAAUCUAAUAUGCUGGAAACUUUGUAGCCCACAAUGCUCAAGCUGGUAAAUACACAAAUUUUCUAUCAUAGUUUUGGGAAACAAUGAGUAAAGGAGGUGGCACACCUUAGCUGAGCAUGUAUUGGUAUCAGUAAAUGGUAUGGAAACACAUGGGAAAGAUGGAAAUAGGUAAGUGUAUACUCACAUCUUUACGUUAGCUUACCCUAUAAAGUCUCCCUUAAAAGGAAAAGUAUAUGUAUGAAAUGUCUUAAGUCUAACAUUAAAACCAGUAUUUUUCAUUUAAGCUCGUAAUCCUAGUUUUUAUUACAACAGAUCUUUGCUGUUAAUACUUUAAAACAAAAUUAAACAGGGAAAAGUGAUAGAGAUAUGACCAGUGUAAAAUUGAUCUAUGUAUCUUAUAUUGACUUCAGUUACUUGACUUGUGAGAUGGGGAGAACUUACACUUUUUUUUUUACUUGUAAUGUUCAAUUGUACAGCACAAAUUAUUUUGCUCCGAGUUAUAAAAAUGUUGUGGCACUAUGGUUUGAUUUAUUUGUAGUUCAUAGGGCACUUUUGGAAGGCGAAACCUAAAAGUAGAUUCUGGGAUUAGUCUACGGAUUUUAAUACAAAACCUGGGGAUUUUGUUUGUGUGCAUGAAAAUUUAACUAGAAAUUAAGCUCUAAAAACUAAAAGCAAAUGUAAAAAUAGUUGUUAGGAAAUUACCAUCAUGUAGUUUAUAUCAUGGUGUCUGUUUUAUUUUGAAUUCUAAUUCAAUAAAUUUUUGUAUCUUGCCUUGUA